UGAAAAUGAUCUGCAAAUGAUCAGAAUCUCACCAGCCUACAUAUCUAGUGUUAUGACCAAAAUGGAGAGCCAAGGCCGGAGGGAACAUUCUCACGCCUUGCAGACUGCUGUUUGGGAUAAUGGUUUUCUAAAUGCCAGGCAGUAAUUGUCCCGGUCUGAUAAAGAACCAUCACUGUUGUGUUUGACACUAUGGAGCUGUAAUGCUACAGUAAUGUGUUUUCUCUGCUUACUGUUGUUGGUGGGUGACUUAGACGACAGCUGCAAAUAAAAAGCUUAUGGAGGCAUGAACAUUUUGGAGACUUUCCCAUUUUUCAUCACUGUUUUUACAGCUUAAAGGAAUAGUUCUCCCAACAAAUGACUGUUCUGCCAUUAUUUACACACUCUCACCUCAUUCCAAACCUGUAUGACUUUCUUUAUUCUGUGAGACAAAGGAGUUAGUCAUAGAUGAAUGACCAAGAAAUGAAUUUUCCCUACAAUGAAUGGCAAUCUUUGCUAUCAGGCUAAAUUCUCAAGGCAAGAUUUUUAGUGAAUAAGAUCUAAAUUUUCUUCAGGGUACUAUUUUGGGAUUGACUCCUCUUGGGAUGUCCCCAUCCACUUUUUUUGUAUGAAUGAGAGCAGCUUCAACAUUCUGCUAAACGUUCCCUUGCAUGAAUGAAAGAAUACUGGUUCAGAAAAACAUUAAGAAAAGACUCUUGGAACAAGCCGGGGAGCUUCUUGAGACAUGGUUCACCCUUUAGGUAAGCUGUUCGGUAACUGUUUAGGUUCUGCUGUCAGUGCUGUCCACAGCCGUUUGCCCUUACAGCAAGGUUUUACAAAACCAGAAGCUGCUGUUUCACAUUGACAUUGCUUCAGAAAAUAAUGAGCCGCUAUAGGAGAUCCGGUCCGAGGCUGCACAGACAUUGUGAGACCUGUUUCAGUCGCCGCUGCAAAGCCUCCAUUGAAGUGUCUGUGUCAUGCAUGGUCAUCAACUGCCGCUUGCUUUGUGGGGCCUCCUUCCACAUGUGUAAAGAGGAUGAACACUCUCUGCUGUGUCCUAAUGAGAAGGUGCCUUGUCUCAAUGCUUACUAUGGCUGCCCUUUCACCUUGUGUCGCUCUCGGUUGGCCAAACAUCUUGAGGUGUGUCCCGCCAGCGUCGUCUGCUGCUCGAUGGAGUGGAAUCGUUGGCCUCUUGAGAACCCAGAUGCCCCCUUGUAUACAAACCUACUGAAAGAGCUCCAUGAGCAAGAAUCACUGGACCUUUCCAUGGCACUGAGAGACCAGAAACAUCUAUGUGCCCGGUUGAAAAUGAGGAAAUGCUUUCCUGAGUUAAUGGAGGAACUAGAAGAGGAGCCUGCUGCAGUGGAGGAGUACGACGAUGAGGAUGAAGCCGUAGGAAAAGAGACUAUGUGUAAUGGGAUGCACAUCAAUGGACAUGAAGGUCCAGGAGGAGGCUUGGUGAAUGGACCAUCUAAAGCUUGUGAGAAAGCUCUGAAAGAAGAUGUGGUCCUCAAUGGCCCUGUUGAUAAAGACAAGUACAAUCUUUUCGAAAAGAUGUUUAGCAUGGAAAUGGGUGGUUGCAAGCAGGCAGAGGCGGAGGCAUUGAAAAAAGAAGAACAGAAUGGAAAAAAGACAUCUAAAGGUUCUUCAAAGCCACAAGGAGCUUCUGUAGAGCCCGAGAAAAAGGAAGCAAACGUAUCCCAUGUGGAUAUCACCAAAACUGGACUGGCACCUUGGCAGGAUGGUGUCCUGGAGCGACUCGGACAGGAAGUGAAACCCAGAGAAUUCAACAUGUACAUAGUGCAUCAUGGGCGCAUGUUGAUCUCAUUUGGUCAGAUGGAUGCUUGCACGCCCCGUGAGAGAGAUUUUGUUUAUGGGAACUUGGAGCCAAUACCAGUCCAGACUCUACGGACCUUCAAGGUUCCCAGUAGUUACAAACAAAAACGCAUUCAACUCAGAGAAUUCAAUACAAGAGUAAUGACCGAGCACAAGAGUGUUGGCACAUCUGACCUGGAUCUGCCUGAGAAAGAUGGUGGGGCGAUGGAUGAGAUGUUUUCAACCCUACUUUUUUAUGCGGAGGUUGAGAUAAGGGGCCACAAAAUAAGUGAAACGGUGGCAACAGAUGGACUUUAUGUCGACAUCGCAACACAGACGUAUAAUUUUGCCACAGCUCCCUUCAAAUCCAACACAACUCUGGCUGAAAUCACAGCAGGCCGGGAUCUGAAACUUCACCUUGACCUCGAUACAGAAGCAGUUACCCUCAGACACAACAAAUCAACCUCAGCUUUCACAUUCAUGUGUGGCCAUGUCUUCCGGCGUGAUGAGUUUGCCUCACACUUUAAGAAUGUGCACCUGGAUAUCCAGUCCUCUCUGAGUGGCUGGUUUGAGCAGAGAUGUCCUCUGGCCUACCUUGGUUGCACCUUCAGUCAGAGAAGAUUACAGCCCUCCACACACAGGGCCAAAGUCUCCUAUAACCAAGACCUCAGUAUUUUCACCCUCACACCUGAGGUUCCUGCCUCUCUUAUGAGCGAUUCACAGAAGGCACAUAUCAAACAUAAAGAUUCUCUCAGUGACCUUCCCUUCGAGGUGCUUUGCCACAUAGCUGGUUACCUGGAUAGUUUCACCCUGUCCCAGCUAGCCUUGGUCUCCCGAUUGUUUAGGGAAAUAUGUGCCACACUUCUGCAGGAAAGAGGCAUGGUGGGCUUUAAGUGGCACAAGAAGUCAUACUCUCAUGGAGGUACUCGCUGGAAACCUACCAAAGUCUGGGAGUUCAGUACUCUUUUUAGUAAAGUUGGUAACUGGUGCAUCGGCGACACACCAUCAAUGGCUGAACACCUGAAACACUGUCCAUUCUACCAAACUGAAGUGAAAACUGAGCCUUUUGCCCUGGCCAGUAUGUUUGACAACAAAGGAAAGGAGAGACACAGUUUGGUUUCUUUGUUGAUGAGACGCAAAUGAUACUGUAACUGGUACUUUUAUUUUACAUUUUUGGUAUUUACAGCGAGUCAAAUAUCCACUAGUGAAAAUGAUUCUAUUUAUAUUAUGCUAAUAUUUACUACUAAUAUUCUACUAAUAUAUGUUUCUUUACAAAUGAUAACAACCGGAGUUAAAGCAUUUGAGUGAUUUGAGUGUUUGUUAGAUUUUUGCUUUAUUGACAGUAGUCAUUUCCACUUUAUCCCUAUCACAAAGUUGCUCAUUUGACUGGAAUGCAAGUUCUUAUUUAUUUAUUUAUUUUAUUUCUAGGUUUAAAUUAAUUCUGACUCUCAGAUGUUCAGAUAUUAAAGGUACUUCUUGUGUGUUUGAUUUCUAACUUAAUGUUGCCUUUUAUUCUCUCUCUGUGAAACUAAACAAUAAAACUUUAAAUUUAACUUACAGUAAAGC